AGUGCUUUAGCGCGCCAGGAGCGAAUCUCGCAGACGGCGGGGAACGACACAGAAAGCUAUCUGACAAGUUUUAACAUAAUGGAAGACGGUGCCGAGGGUGAGCCGUUCGCUUCGGAUCAGCCCCCCGACUUCUCGGUGUUAAAGGAGCUGCUUUUCCCUGCGUGUCUGGAGACCGACUGCGGCUGGAGCGCCAUGUCCUCCAAGCUUUCGAAGCCAACACCGCUGCCGCCACUGCAGCAGCACACCAUAAAGGAGCGGGCCGAGCACGUGCCCCCCUCCGAGCACGAGUCCCGCCAGAUCGGCUGCCUGCAACCUGCGGGUCGUGUGCAGGGAUUGCCAGCCGCACGCCACUCGGAGUCAAACCGGAGCAGCGAAGGCGUGCCGGGGCGUUGCAGCGACUCCAUGGACCGCCCAUUUGGUGUGCCCAGCCAGGAGUGCCCGGAUGGUCACUACCCGAAUACUGCACCACAGACGGCGAUUCUCUACUUUCUGCAAGAGACGACAAAGCUGGUUCCCCCCGUUACACCGAGUAAGUGUGUGGCCUCCAUAGACGGGAGCCCUUUCAAUAAUGCCAGACAGCCACAAGCCCAGUACCCACCUGCUGACUUUUACACUCCUGUAGAUAAGCCUGGCACUUGGUGCAGCCCACAGCCAGCAGUGUACUCGGGCUCCAUCAGGUUGGUGCCCAGGCUGGACGGCUGCAGCUCCUUGGAUGUUAUGAGUCUCAUCAGCCUCCAGUGCAACAGACUGAUGAACUCGGAGGGCUUUGUGGAUGGCGCCCAUCAACCGUUGGGUAACGCUGAUCAGAUUAACAGCGCCAAGGCGGGUGUGACCAGUGAAGCCGCCUCCAGCUCUUUUGGCCUGGCUAUGGACAAAGGGACGAAGGAGACGCCCAAACUGGGUAGUGUUGGUCAGCUGUGCCCACCGGUCCAGGACAUGGAUAGUGCCAAGGUGGCCCAGUGCAAGGAAAGCUUAAGUGUGAGUCAUCUUAUGUACAAUAAAUUCUUGCCAGGGGGCACCAAAGUUGGCACAGACUCUGUGGGCACCUUGGCCACUGGUACCAAAGAGGCCAAUGGGAAGGAAUUCAUGCUCGGCCACAACGAUGAACUUCCAGUUGGCCGCCAGUCUGCUAUGAUGAAAAAUACCUGGGGGGCCACAGCUUUGAAGGGUACCAUUAACAUCCUGAAGCAGUCCGAAAGGGGACAUGCAGGGGGCUGCAGUGAUGCCCCCCACAAUGGUGAAUGCCACACCAUGCACUCCACCUCACAAACCAAGCUGGACUUCAAUUCCAAUGAGCUGUGCUUCAGUGCAAAGGGGGCUCUCCGAGACCCCGGAGGGAGUGGCACGGGUUCGAGCAGACAGAGCGGCAUCCCAGUGGCCGGCGUCGAGCAAGAUGUCCUCACCAAAGUGGGCAACCAGCCACCCGGCCAGAAACAAACCGGUGCCCCCGGUGUAGGAACCAGCCACCCCAGGAAGCCGCGGAAACAGCAGAAGCCAAUGAAGAGCGCGAAGAGUUGGGACCCCGACUUCCGAGGAGUAACCAUCACCAUGCAGAUGGUCCCCAGCAGUGAAACCCCCGACAAUUAUCAGCUGCUGAUCACUCCACAGUACAGCGCAGAGCUUUUGAAUUUGACAAAAAAAACCCGAGGCAGUAAAUCCCGACUGGCAGCAGACAACGGCAGGACCAGCAGCUCCGAGGAGGACGCCGACCCCCUUUACCCAAACAAAAACAAAGUCUGCGCAUCCUGCAGUACCAGGAAAACGCCUCUGUGGAGGGAUGCAGAAGAUGGGACGCCUCUCUGCAAUGCCUGUGGGAUAAGAUACAAGAAGUAUCGAGUCCGAUGCUUUCGCUGUUGGCACAUUCCUAAAAAGGACGGGAACUCCAAUUUCAAAUGCUUGAAGUGUGGCGAUCUUUUACGAGUCUCCUCGAAUCGGCGGAAAAACUCGUAGAACAUGGCAGCAGCGCUUUCGGCCCGGACGGCUUGUAGCACUUGGGCGGGUGGAUGCCUAUGGGUAAUGAAUGCCAUAUGGCUUUGUUUGUUUUGUUUUGUUUUUUUUGUGCUUGUAUUUUUGUUGUUUCACUGUUUUAUGUAAAUUUGUUUUGGAAGUUUUCACUAGUGGACAGACAAGUGCGGAUGGAACAAGCUACUUUGGUCAAUUAUUAUUACAAAACGUGAUGAAUGCUCGGGCACUUACACGCCUUGCACUUGAAACUCCAAUCAAAAUGUACAUUUUUGGUGACUAAUUGUACAAAGAGGGGAAAGAAAAGUUAGUUUUGUAAAUACAAAAGUUAUUAUUCUA